AUGGGUUCCCUACCCGCAUUCGACAUCUUCCAGCACAAGUCCACUACAUCUGACCAAGUGGUGCAAUCCCUUAUCCAGAAUGGAGUGGUUAUUAUUCGCAAUUUUGUGUCCCAGGAUGUGAUCGAGACUGUGCAAAAAGAUAUCGAACCAUCGCUCAAUCGCUUCUGCAACGAGUACCCGACUCACAAGCUUAAUGUUAUGGCCAAUACAGUCCGCGACUCCCGCACGUUUAUGGAGGCACUCGUAAUGCAUCCGCUCUUAGUAGAUGUUUGCGAUAGGAUACUCUCCGGCCGGUGUAAAAGCUGGUUUGGCCAAAAGUGUCGGGAGUUUGUGUCGAAAUCCCAAGUCUCGUCCAACUCAACCCUAGUGGCUAUGCCCGGGACCGAAAACCAGCCUCUACACCGUGAUGACGGGCUAUUUUUCAACGACGUUCCCGCUAUCAAGGCUUCUGAAUAUCAACCCGGAAGAGAUCGUGGUAUUGUUUGCUUCGUUGCUAGUACAAAGGCAACCAAAGAGAACGGGGCCACUCGAUUCAUCCCCGGGUCUCAUCUACAGGCGUCGACUCAACCGCCACCUGCCGACGAGACAACUGCGAAUAUUCACUACGCAGAGUUGGAACGCGGUGAUGCAAUGAUCAUGUUGAAUUCCUUGUAUCAUGGAGCGUCCGCCAACACAACAGAUAAGCCACGGGUUCUAUAUGCGGUCUCAAGGACGCAUGGGUAUAUUCGUCAGGAAGAGAACCAAUACCUUGCUAUCCCCAAGGAAACGAUGCUAUCGUUCCCUGAAGAGACGCAAAACUCGUUUGGGAUGUCUAUUGUAGGUCAAUUUCUGGGAUGGGUCGACUUGCAGUCCCCAGGGGAGUUUAUCAAGGGCACGCAAGCGACACGAGAUUGGACGUAUUGA